AUGUUAAAAAUUAAAAUAUUGAUGAAAAAUAAAAUAUUGAAUAUAUUUAGGAAAAAUAAAUCAAUAUCCAAUCAGGAAAUACUUACUCUUUCGCUACAAGAAGAAUCAAAAAUAAGCGAUAACUUGCAAGAAGAAUCUAAUCAUCAAGAAUUAGAAAUACACGAUAAUCAACACCAAGAAUCCAAUCGACAAGAAUUAGAAACACAGGAUAAUCAACUACGAGAAUCCAAUAAACAAGAAUUAGAAAUGCACGAUAAUCAUCAACAAGAACAGCAAGGAGGAGAACAGCAAGGAGAACAGCAAGGAGAAAAACAGCAAGGAGAAAAACAACAAGGAGAACAGCAAGGAGAAAAACAGCAAGGAGAACAACAAGGAGAAAAACAGCAAGAAAGACAAGAAACAACAAAUUCUUUGAAAUCAUAUCAUGAAGAAACUUUAAAACAAAAACAAAAAAAGAAAAGAGAAUACAAACAAUUUAGUUAUACUUGGGUAGUAAAAGAUUUUCAAAACUUGUACGCAGAUAAAAAUGUCAAUACACAUAUUUCACUUUAUCUUGCACCAGUUCAAAGUCUUUAUGAACGUCAAAAUAAUAUUACAUCUAGAAUAGCGAAAUGGAGAUUUGAAAUAUAUCGUAUUAAUAAUGAAGAAAGUGGAGACCAAAUGGCAGGUUUAACGAAAUUGGUUUGUCAUCAAGAUGUAAUUCAAGAAAAAUUUACAUUCUUUUCCGAAGAACCAAAUUGGGGUAUCGUGAAAUUUUGUGAUUUUAAUACAAUAUCUACAAAUCUUAAUUCUAAUCCUAUGGAAAAAGUAGAUCUUGUAUUCCGAGUACACUUUCUCGAUAAAAAUGAAAAUUUCUCCACAACCGAUGAUAGUAUUGAUAAUUUAAAUAUAGAUUUAUUAUUAAAAUUAGGGCCGUCAUUAAAGAAUUAUUUUAAUAAUGAAAAAUUUAGUGAUGUAGAAUUCACAUUUAGUGAUACGGAAGAAAAAUUAAGAGCUUCAAAAAUAGUUUUAGCAUCAAGAUCUAAAUAUUUUAACACGAUGUUUAAUGGUUAUUGGGUAGAAUCAAAUGUUAAUACAAUUUAUAUUAAAGAUGUUAGUUAUAUUGUAUUUAAAACCAUAAUUUAUUUUCUUUAUACUGGACAAAUUGAUAAGAAUUUAAAUUUUGAUAUUUUCAAAAAUGUUUAUUACGAAGCAGAUAUGAGAGAAAUUCCAGAAUUAACAAAAAUAAUUACAUGGAUUAAUUUAUGUAAAAAGUCGAUGGAAAAAUUUAAAGAAUACAGAGAAAAUGAAGAAAUUAUUAGAAAUUGGAAAUACGCAAUGGAUCGAUGA